UGCUCUUCCCAAAUAUAACACCAUACCCCACCGACCGGCCAUAGCCCUCCUUUUUCUCUCCAUUAUUAACCCCCACGCGAUUCUCAAAUUAGUCCCCCACAGUCCCCAAUCUCAAUUCCCAAUCUCCUCCGCCAUCCAUGGACCUCCAGCUGGAGCAGCUCGAGUCUGUGACUCUCGCCGACGUCCUCCGAGAGUCCGUCUCCAUCCCUCGCUCCUCCCCGCGCACCUUCGCCCUAAUCACCCUCACCCUCGUCUUCCCCCUCUCCUUCGCCGUCCUCGCUCACACCCUCUUUACCCACCCCAUCUUCCGCCACCUCCAUGCGUCCUCCUCUUCCUCCUCUGGUGAGUGGGCCCUCCUCCUCCUUUACCAGUUCAUCUACCUCCUAUUCCUCUUCACCUUCUCCCUCCUCUCCACCGCCGCCGUCGUCUUCGCGGUGGCCUCCCUCUACGCCGCCAAGCCCGUCUCCUUCCGCUCCACCCUAUCCGCCAUCCGCCCCAUCCUCCCCCGCCUCCUCCGCACCUUCCUCUGGGUCGCCCUAAUCAUGCUCCUCUACAAUCUCGCCUUCGCCUUCUCCAUCCUCCUCCUCCUCGUCGCCACCCACUCCGUUGACUCCCCCUCCUUCCUCCUUGGCCUUGCCCUCGUCCUCCUCGCCUUCCUCGCUGCCCACGUCUACAUCUCCGCCAUCUGGCACCUCGCCAGCGUCGUCUCUGUCCUCGAACCCAUCUGCGGCCUUGCCGCCAUGACCAAGAGCCGAGACCUCCUCCGUGGCCGCGCCCGCAUGGCCGCCGCCUUCGUCGCCACCUACCUCGGCUUCUGUGGCCUCAUUGGCUGGGCCUUCCGUGCCAUCGUCGUCAAGGGCCCCGACGAGGAUGGCAGCGCUGGGGCUGGGACCGGAACGAAGGUACUGAUUGGCGGCGCCCUUGUGGCGGUGCUCGUUGUGCUGAAUCUCGUGGGAUUGCUGGUGCAGAGUGUGUUCUAUUACGUGUGCAAGAGCUACCACCACCAGCAGAUUGAUAAGAGUGUGCUCUACGACCACCUCGGCGGAUAUCUCGGGGAGUAUGUGCCGCUGAAGAGCUCCAUCCAGAUGGAGAACUUCUGAACUGAAUUCUACUUUGGAACCAGUCUCCUUACCAGAUGUUUAUACAAUGCUAUUUGGCACAUGUUGGAUCCCAAGUGUUGCGGAAGUUCAAAUUCUUCUCCAAAGAUGUAUGCACUGUGCGGCUGACCAACCAGCUUAUUCCUGUGCUACACAAGUGUGAAGGUGGGAAGAAAUGAGCUUCAAGGAUUAAGAGAAUUAGAACGUUGUGGGUGUGCAUUGUUCCGGCAAUCCCAAGAUAUUCAGGAUAAGAGAAACCAUGAAUUCCAUUUUGAGUGGAUUUAGGAUCCUGCAGCCCUGAGAUAUCCAGGAUAAUGGAAAAACCAUGAACUCCAAUUGGGAUUUAGGAAGCAAUGGCCUCUUGUGUCACGGGUAGAGUGACCAAACAUCCUAUGCCUCCAUUCAAAAUUUUGAAAUUGCUGCUGUUAUUGUAUUCAAGGCGUAUUUAUUUGCAUAUUCGGGUGACUUGGAUUUGGCAAUCAGAUAAUCGGGUGAUGAAUGUAAAUAAAUAUGUUAAAGUAUGAAUAAGCUGUAAGGCAUUGUUAA